GCACGUUCACCGUGGCGAUCAUAUCGUAUGUGCCGCUGCUGCAAGUGACGUCUACCGCAGCGUGUCGUUCACAGCUUUUACGGCCGACGUUUCGGCGCGGUCCUGUUCGAUAUUAUAACAUUAUAAUCGUUUUCGUGCGCAUCCCUGGUGUGACGUCGAGAUGGUGUUUUUCGUCAGGAACAAGUCGGACCGGCGAGAAUUAUUGGCCAGCAUGGCCAGCGUCGAUCACGUUUCGUCGCACAAGAUCCACGACAACGCUGCAUUUCAACAUAUACGUGAUAAUAUGGACGAAAUAAAUUAUCAUGUAAAGGCCAAAGAAACAGAUAUCAUAUUUUUGAAAACUUUGAUGGAUAAUCCUACUGUGGAAUCAUUAAUUAAAGUUCAAAACUCUUUGGAGGAGUACGAAACGUGUGCACCAGAAGCCAAUAACUCUAAGCAAACCUUAAUUGAUUUGUGUCAUCACUGUACGUCGUCACAACAUCCAGUGGCCAAAGAUUUACUCUCAAUAAUUACCAAAUUACAUUUUAAGACCCUUUUAGAAGUACAUGAUAAAAUAGCGUUAAAGAGACUGAAGAAAGCAUUAGAUACCUCUGAUUUACCUCCAACUCCCCCCUCACCACCACAACAACAGAACGGAACCAAAAUGUCUACACAAACGUACAAAGUAAUUGGAUUGCGAAAAAAACCAGAUGAACCAUUGGGCUUAACUGUUGAACAAGACGAAAAUGGAAACCUUAUAGUGGCAAGAAUAUUAGCUGGAGGAACCAUUGAUAAACAAGGGUUAUUGAAAAAAGGAGAUGUCAUACUAGAAGUAAAUGGCGAAAGAGUUGAAAGUCCUGAAGAUUUAUUGAACGAAGUUAGUCGUAGCAAAGAUACGUUGCAGUUUCGAAUUGCUCCUGGAUUUUCCCAAAAGAAUACAAUUCAAACCCAACAAUGUUAUAUGCGAGCAUUAUUUGAUUAUAACCCAUUGGAAGACAAUUUAAUUCCUUGCAAAGAAAUUGGUCUAACAUUUAAACAUGGAGACAUUCUUCAGGUUUUGGAUCAAAAAGAUCCCAACUGGUGGCAAGCAAAGAAAGUGGGUGAUAAUGAACUUCCCGGGUUAAUACCAUCUCAAGAAUUGGAGGAAAGAAGAAAAGCUUUUGUAGCACCAGAAGCAGACUAUGUUCAUAAAACUAGUAUUUGUGGAACUAGGAUUUCUAAAAAAAAGUGUAAAAAAAUGUAUCAAUCAAAAUGGAAUGGUGAAUUUGAUAAAGCAGAAUUAUUACUGUACGAAGAAGUUACAAAAAUGCCUCCUUUUAAGAGACGUACACUUGCAAUAAUCGGUACAACCGGUGUGGGAAGACGUACACUCAAAGGUCGUCUGAUAAACAGCGAUCCUCAAAGAUUUGCAGGAGUUAUACCAUACACAACACGACCACAAAGAGAAUUAGAAGAAAAUGGUCAAAAUUAUUGGUUUAUUGAUCGUGAUCAAAUGGAACAUGAUAUUCGAGAACAUAAGUUUUUGGAAUACGGUGAAAAUGGUGGCAAUUUAUACGGCACAAAUUUGGAUUCCAUUCGUGACGUUAUUAAUCAAGGAAAAAUGUGUGUCUUGGACUGCAGUCCAGUGGCUUUAAAAAUGCUUCACAAUUCUUCAGAAUUCAUGCCAUAUGUAAUUUUCAUAGCAGCACCUGGUGUUGAGGUGAUGAAAAGCCUAUAUGAUUAUUCCAGAAACCUUGGUUAUUCUACUCGUACAUUAACAUUUGAUCGCCAAAGUUCCAUUAGAUACAGUUCUAGAAGAGCCCGUACAUUAGAAUCACUUGCGUCAAUUUAUGAGGAAGAUGACGUAAAGAAAUCAUUGGAAGAAAGUGCAUGUUUACAACGUAUGUACGAAAAGUACAUAGACCUAGUUAUAGUUAAUGAAGAUUUUGAUAUGACAUUUCGUAAAGUUGUUGAAGCCUUGGAAAUUAUAUCUAAUGAACAUCAGUGGGUGCCCGUGAAUUGGGUUUAUUAAAAUAAAAAGUGUUUUAUCCUUGUUAUUUUUAAACAAAUUGAUAGAAUACAUUUAAGAUGUAAAACCUUUAUCACAAAAUACUAUACAAUCAUAUUAAAUUAAACUAAAGAUUGUAAUAGGAUCGUUUUAUGUUAAUUUAGUUUAUAUUAUUAACUAAGCAUAAAAUUGAAUUUAUGAAUUAAUUUGUUUACUUGGUUGUUGUUAAGUUCCUGCAACUAAUCAAAAAAUUGAUUAUGACUGUGAAGAUAUAUUCCGUCCUUUUUAAUUAUUAU